AUGUCUGACGAUAGCGCGCGUGUCGGCCGUACUAUCGGCAAAGCCCUGGCCGAAGCUCACGCAGCAGGCGCUCGUGGUGGCGGUCGCCGGGGUGGAGGUGAUCGCCGAGGCGGCCGUGGAGGUGGUGAGGAUCGUUGUCGUGUCCGCAAGCCCCCCAGACGCUGCUUCCAUUGCGGUUCAGAGGACCAUCGCAGCCGAGACUGCCCUUGCAAGGGUGGCCCUCCGCUCCGUACUGAGGCUCCAGCGCAACAGGAUGCCUCUCCUCCUCGAGAGGCUCCGCCUGUUUUUGUCCAGCGCCUCGCUCUCCCUCGCCCUCCUCCUCCUGUCCGCCCUUCUACUCCCCCGACGACAACUCAGACCCCGGCACAGGAGGCUGAUCCAGUCCGUCAAGCAUAUAUCAUGCCUGUACCUGGUCCUGAGUUUCUUCCACUUCCCGGUCCCCCACCACAACUCACUAGACCUCCCAUGCGCAUGGGACAUUUAAUGUUUUGGCACACGCUUUUUUGUCGUUGGUACUAUUUCAACUAUAUUGAUGGCAGUUACGAGUGGUCCAACGAGAACCGAUGA